CUCCUUAACCCGGGACACCGUCAUCAGUGUAGCCGUUGCUAGGUAACCAGUCCCUCUCAGCACGUUUACCAAUGACGUCGUUCCAUGGCAACAGGCCAACGCGUCUUAGCAACUGCCAGUUAGACCUGAAGAAGAAAGUUCGUCCAUUUUUGCUUGCAUCUCAUCCAGAACCAGAAUCCAGAAGGGGAAGCGGAACACAGAGAUUCCCAGGUUCUCUCCGUGGUGCAUUCACUGACCAGGUUUUCAGUGUGGUGCAUUCACUGACCUUGGGAGCGUGGGAUGGAUGAGACCCUGAAGCCACUGAGGAUUCCUCCUCAGAUCAGCGUCUACGCAGACAAACACAACGUGUCCCACCUGGUGGAGAGCAUGGUGACCAGCUUGGUGAUGGAGCAGCCAGACGAUCCGAUCUCCUACCUCAUCACCUUCCUGCAGAGGCUCAGCCUGGACAAUCCCAGGGUGCUGCUGCUCGGCCCGCCUGCUGUCGGCAAACACAUGCUGGCGAAGACGCUGAGUAAUGAACUGAGAGCCGUUCACCUGACCUCCGAGAAUUUGCUGAAGGGACUCAGUGAGGAGGAAGAUUCUUCUGAGGUUCUGGUCCAACAGCUGCAACAGAGACUGAAGGAGACCGACUGCUUUCACAAGGGCUGGGUGCUGGUUGGGAUUCCUCAGACCCGUGUCCAGGUUCUGCAGCUCCAGCGGGCCGGAAUCAUCCCAGAACACGUCGUGAUGCUGGACGCUCCGGAGGAAGUUCUGCUGCAGAGGAACCACGGCAAGCUCACUGACCCGGUCACUGGAGACGUCUACCAUCAGCUCUUCGUCCAGCCAGAGAACGACACCAUCAGACGGCGCCUGGAGAGGGGGCGGGGCCUGUCUGAGGAGCAGCUAUUGGCCGAGGUGCAGCGCUUCCGCUGUGAAGUCACAGCUCUGAAAUCGGCCUAUCAGCACGUCCUGAAGGUCUUCAACGCCGACCAGCCUCCUGCUGACGUCUACCAGCAAGCUCUGACCUUCGUCCGGACCCGACGUCACUUCAGAACUCCAAGAAUAGUUCUGGUGGGCCCGUCGGGGUCCGGAAAGAGCCACCUGGCCCGGCUGCUGUCUGAGAAGUACAAACUGGUGGAUGUGAGCUGCGGCGGCCUGCUCCGGUCGGUGGUCUCUGACGGUUCUGCUCUGGGAGCUCAGAUUCAGCUCUACAUGGAUGUCGGCCGCCCAGUCCCAGAUUCCCUGCUGAUGCCAGUUCUGGAGGCCCGUCUGAGCCGGGUGGACUGCAGCUGCAGAGGAUGGAUCCUGCACGGUUUCCCCUGCGACAUGCAGCAGGCCAAGAGCCUACACGAGUCCCAGUACCAGCCCAACAGAGUAUUCUUCCUGGAGGCCAGCGAUGACGUCUGCAUGCAGCGGCUCUCCCUCAGAGGAACCGACCCCGUCAGCGGCGAGAGGUAUCACGCCGUGACCCAACCAGCCCCCAGCUCUGAGGUCCAGGACCGGCUCCGGACGGCUCCGUACGACGGCAGCGGGGCGCUAACCCAGAGGCUGAGACGGUUCAGGCUCAACUACGAAGGCCUGCAGACUAUGUAUCCAGAUGCUCUUCACCUGGACGCCGACCAGGACCCACACACUGUGCUGGAGUCUCUGGAGAGCCGCCUCUACACCAACUGACACCUGGACUCACCUGGACUCACCUGGACAAGCAGCUGGACUGAGCUGAGAACACCUGAGUCUACCUGGACUUGGUUGGGCAGAAUGAAGGAACUUGAUGUUAUAAGUUGUUUGGUUUUUAAUAAAAUCAUUGUUCUGCUGA